AUGAAUCUUGUGAAACCUACUUCCUUAACCACUGCUCAUCCGACAGCACGCUUCACAGAGAGUGUAAGACUAACAACGCGAGCAUCUGCCCACUUAGAUGUGUCAACAUCUGAUGUAGAACUUAACCAGGCUGGCCCAUACGACACUUUACCUGAACAGGAAUUGAUCAAAAAAGCACCAGUACCAACUGAAUAUUUAAAACACGAAAAACUCAAGAGGAGAAGAGUAGCUGCUCGAGCAAGACCAAGACUUUGGAAGAAGAAAGCUGCGAGGAGUCGACCGCAAAAGAUUAUCCGAAGAAGAGUAUCCGGAAGAAACAUACAUAAAUAUCGACAGAAAAAGAAGAAGCAGCAAAGGAGACCUGUGUAG